UUGUUACUUGAUGUAAAUAUGUUUUAUGUAAAUUCAAAAUAAGUUCUACAUAAAAUAACAUAAAUAUGAAUUCAAUUGAUACUAUGUACUGUUCUCUUUUUAUGAAUUUUUUUAAUGUGAUGAUUUUUUUAGCAAUUUUUUGCUAUAUUACAACAAGAAUAAAUAUUUAUUUUAGCGAGCAAUUGUAAAUAAUGAUCGGUUAUAAUUAAUAUAAUUUAUUAUCAAGAUUGAUUCCUUUAUUUGCCGAGCUUUAUAGUUUAUAUUUGGCGCGUUUAAAAUAUACAACGAUUUAUUAUAAAAAUAAUGCAUAUUUCGCAGAGUCAUUAUUAGAUAUGCAUAAUACAAGCGUGGUAUAUGGAUAUUUUAUUUGUGCUAAUAAUAAUUAAAAUUCGUAAUUGAUUGGUAAAGUCAAAGAUGAAAUUAAAAUAAUAAUGUGUUAUUUUCUCGAGGACUUUAUAAAAUGAAGCAAAGGAAAUAUAUACUAUAUUAUUUCCUUAACAAAUUAUAAUAUUUUUUUAUAAUUCAAUACGUGUAUAAUAAUUAAAUAUUAAAUUAAAGAUUAUAAAUUUUAAAAAAAUUCUAACUUGUAAUUAUAUUAAAUAUAUUUCAUUAAUUGCUGUCUUAUGAUUGUAUAAUUAUGGAAUUAUAAUUAUGAAACGUCAUAAUUAUGGAAUUUGCACAUUAUUCAUUCAUGCGGUACAUAUAAUAACUGCUUGUCAUUACAAUAUAAAUAAAUAUAUACCUAGUACUUACUUAUUCUAUUAUCGUUUUGGCAUUGGAAUGUUUGAUAUGUAUGGUUGCUACUGGCAACGCAAAUGUAUACAAUCGUACAGUUCGAAUCAUACUCUUUAUUGAUACGGAAAACAAGAAUGAAAGCUAGUUAUUUAGAACAGUUUUGGAAUUUAUGUAAUUUUAAUAUUUAUUGAAUGUGCACAGUACUAAAGUGAUUUAAAUAUGAGCUCAAUUUUCGGUGCUGGUGACGGUAAUGAUAAUACGAAUGUCAUAAUUUUUGACACUUCUAAAUGUAAAAGAAAAUUGAAUGAAGAAUUUAAAGUGUUGCAAAGAAAGUUAAAAUCUAAAUGGAAAUUUGUUGAAAAUAAUGAAGCAUUAACAGAAGAAACAUUAUCAACAGGUAAAGUGUUAGUGUUACCAGAACCCCAAAAUAAAUUCACGGAAUUAGAAAUGAAUUCCAUUAGAACAUUUUUAAAUUCUAGUAGACAUAUUUUAGUUAUGCUUGGAGAAGGCGGUGAAAAUAAGUCAAAUACAAAUGUAAAUUUCUUAUUGGAAGAAUUUGGUAUAAUGGUGAACAAUGAUAGUGUAAUACGUAUGAGCUAUAGUCAAACAAUGCAUCCAAAAGAAUGCGUAAUUUCACAAGGAAUAUCAAAUAAGUCAAUAUUUUCAAAAAAUCAUGAUGAAUACACAGAUAUAAAUUUUUUGUAUCCAUAUGGUGCAACUUUAAAUGUAGCUCAACCGUCAGUAGUUGCACUAUCUUCUGGAUCAAUUGCAGUUCCAAUAAAUAGACCUAUCUGUGCAUAUCACUACAGUGAAGCCAGUGGUGGUAAAUUGGUUGUUUUAGGUUCAUCAAAAAUGUUAACAGACAUGUAUAUCGAUAAAGAAAAAAAUGAUUUAUUAAGGGAAAUGAUAUUUGAUUUUUUUGAAUCAAAAGAAAUUGUGGCUAAAGAAUAUCAAAUGGAUUAUGUAGAUUUUUGGGAAUAUAAUUUUGUGCCUGAUAUAUCACAGCAAUCAGACAGUCCAAAAGUAUGCACGCAAGAUAUGGACAUAAUGGAUAAUUCUUAUGAUUAUACUAAAUUAUUUAAACAUCACUUAUAUUCAAUAAACUUAAAUAUAGUACCAGCUUGCAUAAAGGCUUAUGAAAUUUUAGGAGUGAAACAUGAACGUCUUAGUUUAAUUCCACCACAUUUUGAAGCUCCAUUACCACCCACACAGGCAGCAGUGUUUCCACCAAGUUUCCAAGAGUUACCGCCACCAGCUUUAGAAUUAUUUGAUUUGGAUGAAGCUUUUAGUUCCGAUUUAUUGAAACUUUCUCAAUUAACAAAUAAAUAUAUGGCUACAAAAGAUCUGACAAAAGAUAUUGAAUUGGAUCAUUAUAUCAGAGAAUUUGGAAGUUUAAUAAGAAUAAACAAUUCCAGUAUUCACACAGCAAAAGAAGUAUUAAAUUCUGUCUUUCAAAGUAUUUGCAGUUAUAAAGCCAUGCAUGAAUAAGAAAGCAAGAAAAAAAUAAAAUUGUAAAUAUUGUAUAUCAUAUUUAAAAUAAAAUGAACAUAUA